CGCAAUAAAACAUUAUGUUACGAAACUAUGGAUCGGCAUAAACUAGCUAUACAUUGGUAGGUGCCACUGUUGUUGAAAAUGUGGUUGAAUUAUUUAUCGGCUUUUUUAAUAUUGGAUUUAGUUCUAGCUGAAAAUUCGAAAGAAGAAGCUUCAGCAGAACACGAACCUCAAUCGGAUCAAAAAAUAAAUUUGAAAAAGAAUUUAGACGAAGGAAACGAAAACCGUGAUUUUCAUUGGCCUCUGGGUAUUGUCUCGUAUUAUUUGGAUCAUAGCAGUUAUGAUUAUCUGGUAGCAGAACGCGUUCGCCUCGCUAUGAACACCAUUGAGGAAUCAUCUUGCGUUAGGUUUAAAGCACUCCUUGAACCCUAUAGCAAGUCUCAUUGGAUCCAUAUUACCAACAAGGCCAGAGUGCGGGGCUGCGUCCAUGACGGUGAAGUUAAUGGCACGUAUGAGACUGUAAUGACGAUGGGUCUGGAUUGCAUGCAGCGUCGUGAUAUCCUGCAUUUACUAAUGCACGCUCUGGGUUUCAAAGAUGAAGUCACACAUCCACUGAGAGACCAUUAUGUUAGGAUUUUGUGGGAUAAUAUUCAUCCUGCAUACCUAUCGUUAUUCCGCAUUCGCUACGAAGAUUAUCCUACAAUAAAUACUGAGUAUGAUCCUACGAGUAUCAUGCACUUCCAUGAUCGGGCGUACACUAAAAAUGGACAAGCUACGAUUGCAUCUCUGGUACCCGGGCUAGUGAUAAACCCUUCGCGUGAGCUGUCACCCCUAGAUAAGAUGAAGCUUCGCUCAGUAUUCGGCCGCGAGUGCAACAGACGGAAGGUGGAUGACUUGCUAGACUCAUGUAAAGCAGCGAUGCAAGAAAAUAACGGAAAUCAGCAGGUCUCAGAAGUACAAAAUCCUGAAACUGACAUUGAAGAGGAUAGUAACCAUAAUGACAUGAAUAAUCAUAAUAAUGAAGAAUACGAAGAUACUGCAUAUAACGAAGAACAGGCACCUGAGCAAACUGUUGCCGAAAAUAACGACGCAGAAGAUGGUACAGAUAAAUAAAUAAUAAUGUAGUAA